CAAAUCAAAGGAACCUAUGUUAUGUCAAAACAAUUCGGUCAUGUCAUUUUGAAGUCAGUGAUCAAUUUACAAAUAUUCAAAUUUUCAGUGAUAUAUUUCAUUAGAAACCCGUCAUGUCUGAGAAAUGGAUAUCACGUAUCAGAGGAGACCCCCUUCGCCCUUUGUUUACAUCUCCCACUAAAAACAACAUAAAAACAUUACAAUUUUAUACGAAGAACUAUUCGGUAAUUCCAAUCGUGAUGAUAGCUGCAUUGGACAUGUGCUGGGUUGCAUUCUGUACCAUCCAGGGUUUUCUUAGAACCAACAUUGUGACGUCAAGGUGGGAUAGAACACAGAGGGAUAUGAUCGAAUUACUGAUAGAACCCAGAAAUAGAAAGUUUUGGACAUACGCUCAGACAUUUCCAAUUCAAAAAGAACUGUACGAUACAUAUGUGGAAAUGAACGAAUGCGAGAUAGCAAGAAAGAAGGAAUGUGAAGAAAAUCAGUAGCUGCAAUAACAUAAGUUUUGGCAAUAACAUCAAUAAUCAAGGUAAUGAUUAAUGAGGUCUCAAUUAUAGUUUGAUAGCUAUUGGAACAGAUUUAUACUUUUUAAUUUAUGCAAUUUAUAUAAUGUAUAUUUAUUACCACAUUCUUAUCUUACUUAUCGUUGUAUAAUAAAUAUGUAUCGC